GACCUGGCAUUGAUUAUGAGGAGACAUACUCCCCUGUGGUGGAUGCAACUACGUUUCGAUACUUGAUUAGUCUAGCAGUUCGAGAAGGACUAGAUCUGCGUCUAAUGGAUGUUGUGACAGCCUAUUUGUAUGGAUCACUUGAGAAUGAUAUAUAUAUAUAUAUAUGAAACUCCCUGAAGGAUUCACUUUGCCAGAAGCAAACAAAACACAUUCUCGAGAAAUUUUUUCUAUAAAAUUGAACAAAUCCUUGUAUGAAUUGAAACAAUCUGGACGAAUGUGGUACAAUCGUCUCAGUGAAUAUUUGAUGAAAGAAGGAUACAAGAGUGACCCUAUUUGUCCAUGUGUUUUUCUAAAGAGAUCGGGUAGUGAGUUUGUUAUAAUAUCAGUUUAUGUUGAUGACAUAAACAUCAUUGGAACUCCCGAAGAGCUUCCAAAAGCAGUUGAUUGCUUGAAGAAAGAGUUUGAAAUGAAAGAUUUAGGAAGAACAAAGUUUUGUCUUGGAUUACAUAUUGAACAUUUGAAGGAUGGUAUUUUUGUGCAUCAAGAAGGAUAUGUUGAAAAGGUGCUUAAGCGAUUUUAUAUGGACAAAUCACACCCGUUGAGUAAUCCAAUGGUUGUAAGAUCACUUGAUGUGAAAAGAGAUCCAUUUAGACCUCGAGAAAGUGAUGAAGAUCUGCUUGGCCCUGAAGUGCCAUAUCUUAGUGCAAUAGGAGCAUUAAUGUAUCUAGCCAGUCACACACGACCCGAUAUAUCGUUUGCUGUGAAUAUAUUGGCAAGAUAUAGCUCUUCUCCCACUAAAAGACAUUGGAAUGGUGUUAAACAUUUACUCCGUUACCUUCGAGGAACGAUGAAUAUGGGCUUGUUCUAUUCGAGUGCAUCAAAGAUGGAUUUAGUUGGAUAUGCAGAUGCAGGAUAUCUCUCAGAUCCCCACAAUGGUAGAUCUCAGACAGGAUAUUUGUUCACUUGUGGUGGUACAACUAUUUCGUGGCGAUCCACAAAACAAACUAUAACAGCCACAUCAUCCAAUCAUGCUGAAAUCCUAGCAAUUCACGAGGCAAGUCGUGAAUGUGUUUGGUUAAGAUCUAUAAUUCGACACAUCAGAGAAUCGUGUGGACUAUCUCUAGAAAAAAUGAUCCCGACGAUCAUGUACGAAGAUAAUGCAGCAUGCAUUGCUCAAUUAAAGAAAGGAUAUAUUAAAGGAGAUAGAACAAAACAUAUUCCACCCAAGUUCUUUUUCACUCAUGAUCUUCAAAAGAGUGGUCAAAUAAUUGUUCAAAAAGUUCGUUCAAGUGAGAAUCUAGCAGAUUUAUUCACCAAGUCACUCCCGACGACAAUAUUUGUAAAGUUUUUCGUGAAAUUGGAGUUCGACGACUCAAAGACCUGAGCUGAUGUGGUCAUGAGGAGGAGCAUAUACGCGAUGCACUCUUUUUCCCUUAACCAUGGUUUUUCCCACUGGGUUUUCCUAGUAAGGUUUUUAAUGAGGCAGCAUGAGAUAGCGUAAUAAUGCAAUCUAGUGGUCAUCCAAGGGGGAGUAUUAUGUAAAUAUUUAUAUAUGGAUGACCAAUGGCCUACCACAUUAGAUGCUCACUUGGGAGUUACAUGUAACUCCCAUUCCUAUAUUAUUAUCUCUAAUUCAUAUGCAUUGAUGUAAGAAUGUAGUGGUUACCAAAUGGUGCCUAUAAAUAGAUCACACUAUUGUAUCACAAAUGGAGUAUGAAUAAGAAGAACUAUUCCCCUCACUUCUCUUGUGUCUUUCCCUCUCUAAUAUUCUCUUGUAGUUGUUUACAUUUUCAAUUAGUUUUAUAACAUUUCUAGCUUUCUCCACUAGCUUUGUCCACACUUGGUUUUUGUUUCCUAGCCAUCAAGACAACUUCAAUAGCUUUUUCCAGUGUGCUUGUUCAUUCCCAUUAAAGCAAACUAAUGACACGUUUACAAUUUAACUUUUCAUAAUACUGAUAAAAUGCUUACACAAAGUCAUGAAGCAAUCUGUAAUGUGUUUAUGCAAAAUAUCAAUAAAAAGCUUGUUGAAAUUCUAGCUCAAGCCAAAUCCCCUGACUACUAAUUCAAACUGUACUCUCAUAAUAAGUGGCUCCAGGGGUAAAAACACCAACUAACCUACAAACUAAGAAAUAGUUUAUAAAAGCAAUUUAAUGGCAAAAAGCUUGAUGAGGAUGAAGUGGCCAUGAGAGCUCAAAACUGGAUCCUGGAAUAUAGACAUGAGCAACAGGCUGCUGGGGGAAGAAGAGGACAAGUGGCAAGAAGCAAACAGUGGCAGCCGCCGGAGAUUGGAACUCUAAAGGUAAACACAGAUGCUGGGUGUAUGGGGGAUGAAGGGACAGGCUUGGGAAUGGUAGUUAGAGACUGGACUGGUGCUUUCAGAUACGCAGCGGUGAAGAGGGAAGCCGAGAAAUGGUGCCCAGCAGUGGCGGAGGGACGAGCAGUGCUUUUUGCGAUCGAGAAGAUGAAUGAACAGCAGCUAGGCCCUUUCGUUGUGGAAUCGGACUGCUUGACUUUGAUGAAUACUCUCCGACAACAGAGAAUGGAUUUGACAGAGCUUGGAACGGUUUGUGAUUCUAUCUUGCAGGCGGAGGGUGUUGAGGACUGUUAUGAUUGGAAACAUACACACAGAGAAGCAAACACAGUGGCUCAUAAAUUGGCUCAUGUUCAGAUAGGUGUUAAUCAAUGUAAUAGUUGGGUAGGCUUUCCCCCUUCGUUCAUUUUGAACGAAAUGUAUCUGGAUUCUAGCCAUUUGGCUUAAUUAAUAAAAUUAUAGGAGGUGCGGUCCCUCCUUUCCCUAAAAAAAAAAAGAAAUAGUUUAUAAAAGCAAACAUCAUAAGCUUCUAUUCCCCAUUCUCCUUUCCUUUAACGAUGGUUGCUGCCUGCUUCCCCCUCCACUUGAGGUUCCUCUUCUAGGUACAAAAGGUUUUUUCCCAUUUUCUGGUCUAGCCCCUACUCUUUCUCCUUGAUGGACCUGAAGAGGAAUUGGGGAAAUAGAACAAUGAAGUUGUUAUUACAAAAAUCAUACAUGAUUAUUACUUGAAAAGAAAAUUAGUUAAAAACUGUAUUUGUAUACCCGAAACCCCAAAUUAGUUGGUGCUGAGGAGACAACAUUACUUGUUUGCUCAGUAUGGAGUUAAUUCACACCAGAAGCGGGUUGUGUCGAGGGAUAAUUUUGGUUAAUUCCCUACACAAACCAAAACCACAACAUAUAUUGUAAAGUUAUGCAAAUAAAAAAGGAGCAAUCUUUAAACUUAACAUACAUGAUACAACCAACAUUUGGCUAGCUCCUUGUGAAAACCACAUCCAUUAUAGAUAUUUGAGAGAAAAUCAAAGAGAAAGAGAAAUAUACACUGCAAAUCAUUUCAUUUAUUGAAAAGAAAGCUUAAUAUUAAACUUACUGUGAAUCUUGGUGGAGGAUUGUUAAUACUUCCAGCUUCAGAUGUUUCAAAAGGAAUAAGCAAGUGUGUUGCCAUUUCAGCUAGAUUCGAGUGUCGUCCUUCAGAUAUAUUGAUUCCUUCUCCAGAAUACCAAACAUCAGCUGUGUAGGGUGCCAUUGUUACUGAUUGUGACCCUCCAAUGAUUCCAACUCCAGCUGGUUCGUUUGCAACACGAUGUGCACUUUUGUUAUGACCCUCUUCACCGCAUUGACUGCAACGGAUUUUUCUUUUUCUUGUUCAUUCUUUGAUUUUUGGGCUUCUGUUUUCUUGCUCGCUUUUGUGAGUCUUCCAAUAUCUCCUCCAGGCCUUUUCUCCUAUUCAUUCUACGUCUCCCCCUUGUUGUCUUAGCAUCUACACCUCCCACCUAUUCUAUUUAUUAUGAGGAAGGACUUUGGGAGCAUCUAUUGCCUACAAAAGUCAAACCGAGAAACAAAUGAAAACACACCACAACAAACUCUCAUUCUAUUCUCUCUCUCUGUUCCAUAUGUUGUAUCGGUGUACUAUGCUUUCGAGAGUAUGAAAUAAAAACAAUGUUACUCA